AUGGACAAUGAACAGCCAUGGCAGCCACCUGAACAACAGAAAGUCAAUCAAUUCCCUCAAACUUUGCCAGAAGUGCCUGAAGUCACAAUAUUUUCACCAACGAACAAAAUUCCAUCAGUUAAGCCACAAGCAAGCAAUUUUAUUCAAAGAGCGAUGGCAAAUGCUGUUGUAAAUAAUAAAAAUUCCAAGUCUCAACCAAUAAAAAGACCAACAAAUUACAUGCCCAGCGUUAUCAGCCAUGAAAUUUUAAAUAGUGUAAAGCCUCAAGUGCCAGAUUUAAGUUUAUUGGAUACACAGACGCAAUCGAAGGUUCAGACAAAUAUUAGAAUUUCGAACCAGCCAUCAACAAGUUCUCAGCAUAUGAACAAAAAUAAUUCGAAAGAAAACUUCAUGAACAUGAUGUCAAUGCCUUUAGUUCCAGACGUGACGAUCCUUGAAGAAGAACCGAAAAAACAGCAAAAUCUUCCUAAGCGUCAAGUUUUAAGUGAAUCUUAUCAGAAAAUGUUGAUCAACUCACAUGAACAAUUUAUGAAGCAAAUCCAACACGACAAAGAAGAUUUUUGUGUUAAUAGUUCAGCUCCACAAACAAAACCUGGAUUUAUCACCUCACAGUUAAAUAACUUUCAAGACAAUCCUCUCAGAAAAUACGCUCCAAAACCUCAACCGAAGAAUCAACGAUGUCAAGCUGACACUUCAUCAAUUUUGAUAGAUGUUGACGACAUUCCUGAAGCAAAUAACGAUAAAGUUGAAGAUGAAAUGACUUUUAAGAAAGUCGCUGAAAUGCUUCAUGAGAUUCAAAGACUUGUAGUCCCAGGAAAGGACGUAAAUGACCCCAACAACAUAAUUGAGACUCCCCCAACACAAAACCAAAUUCUCUUGAAAUUGGCAAAAACCUAUCUUACUCCCGAAGAAAUUGAAUUUUAUGAUAUUGAAAAUGAGUUGAAAGGAACAGAAAGUGAUGAAUCUUCAUGA